ACAAGGGGAGACCCCCCGGGCCUUGCAGUAAGAGCAAGAUGCCAAUCCUGACCUUGGCACUCAGCGGGUCACACUGGCCGGGGGACUUCACCUCCCCGGCUUCGUUUCCUGUCUGCACGGCAAGAUGGUCACGUCUACGUUGCUGUGAGACUCAAGUGAGAAAACACGUAUAAUCCAGCACUUAGUGCAGGGUUUCCACGGAGGCUGACAGGCGGAGGCGGCGAGAGUCCUGAAAGAUGUUCCUGACGCUUUCAGGCAUCUCACUAGUCAGAUUUCCGCCAUCAGCUGAGGGCAUCCUGGGACGGGGGGCCAGGGAGAGAGGGUCGGCAGAGGGACGCUGACCGGGCUCUGCGAUGCGACUGAGCGUGAGCACGACCCACCGCCGCCAUUACUGCCUGUGGCAGCGCCAGACCCUGAUCCGAGGGCCUCUUUGUACUCCAAUUACUGGGGACCCCAAAGGGUUCUUGUCCAUGGGAGCUCAUUAUUCACCACGUCGGCAACACCGAGACGUUUCCAAACAAGAACACACAGGGCAACAUGCCCUUGAUGGUGAUGUCAUCACAUCGAGCAUCUUCUGGAAAACUAUGUUCUUAGGAGCAAACAAAGGCGUCAAAGUCAGAUACCAUGUUAGUAGAAAACAGUUUUGUUCUCUUGGACCCCCUGGAAGGAUCUCGAGGAUCCCAUGUGAGGACCGCGGCCCUCCUCGCCGGUGCCUCUGUGGGUCAUUCCCCGUCUGUAGUGCCUGAGGAAAUCGUCGCCCACGCCAGCAAUGUGUCCUCACUGGUGCUGGGCAAAGGCUCCGGGCGGCUGCUGGCGACAGGAGGGGAUGACUGCCGUGUCAACCUGUGGUCCAUCAACAAGCCCAACUGCAUCAUGAGCCUGACGGGUCACACGUCCCCAGUGGAGAGUGUCCGCCUCAACACCCCCGAGGAGCUCAUUGUGGCCGGCUCCCAGUCGGGCUCCAUCCGCGUCUGGGACCUGGAAGCUGCCAAAAUAUUAAAGCCCCCACACAAGCACAACAGCCUUUCUGCACUAGCCGUCUUGUUUGCUCUCAAGCCAGCGUCUCUGCUUCUCUUGUUAGUUCUUCGCACACUCGUGGGACACAAGGCCAACAUCUGCAGCCUGGAUUUCCACCCCUAUGGCGAGUUUGUGGCCUCGGGUUCCCAGGACACCAACAUCAAGCUCUGGGACAUCAGGAGGAAAGGCUGUGUCUUCCGGUACAGGGGGCACAGCCAGGCCGUGCGGUGUCUCCGGUUCAGCCCCGACGGGAAGUGGUUGGCAUCGGCUGCAGAUGACCACACAGUGAAGCUCUGGGAUCUGACUGCCGGCAAGAUGAUGUCCGAGUUCCCUGGCCACACGGGGCCCGUCAACGUGGUGGAGUUUCACCCCAACGAGUACCUCCUGGCUUCCGGCAGCUCUGACAGGACCAUCCGCUUCUGGGACCUGGAGAAAUUCCAGGUGGUGAGCUGCAUCGAAGGGGAGCCGGGGCCUGUCAGGAGCAUCCUCUUCAACCCCGACGGCUGCUGCCUGUACAGCGGCUGCCAGGACUCGUUGCGCGUCUACGGCUGGGAGCCCGAGCGCUGCUUUGACGUGGUCCUCGUCAACUGGGGCAAGGUGGCCGACCUGGCCAUCUGCAACAACCAGCUGAUAGGCGUGGCCUUCGCCCAGAGCAACGUCUCCUCUUACGUGGUGGACCUGACCCGGGUCACCAGGACAGGCACGGUGGCCCAGGACCCCGUGCAGGACAGCCGGCUCCUGACGCAGCAGCCGCCCCUCCCCACCGCCCCCCUGCGGCGCAUCUACGAGCGGCCCAGCACAACCUGCAGCAAGCCUCAGAGGGUGAAGCAGAACUCUGAGAGCGAGCGCCGCAGCCCCAGCAGCGAGGACGACCGGGACGAGCGGGAGUCUCGUGCGGAGAUUCAGAACGCGGAGGACUACAACGAGAUCUUCCAGCCCAAGAACAGCAUCAGUCGGACACCACCUCGAAGAAGCGAGCCCUUCCCAGCACCCCCAGAGGAUGAUGUGGCCACAGCCAAGGAGGCAGCAAAGCCCAGCCCAGCCAUGGACACGCAGUUCCCGGUGCCAAACCUCGAGGUCCCACCCUGGUCCCAGGUCGUCACUUCCACCCCCGCGCCCAAGGCUGAGCCUGCCAUCAUCCCUGCCACCCGGAACGAGCCCAUUGGCCUGAAGGCCUCCGACUUCCUGCCUGUGAGUGUGGGCCCAGCCCAGGGUGGGGGGAGGCCCGUGGGCAAGGGCAGAGCUUCGCUGCCAGCAUCUGGGCCUGUCCCACAGGCUGUGAAGAUCCCCCAGCAGACAGAGCUGGUCGACGAGGAUGCCAUGUCGCAAAUCCGCAAAGGCCACGACACCAUGUGUGUGGUGCUCACCAGCCGCCACAAGAACUUGGACACCGUGAGGGCCGUGUGGACCACAGGCGACAUCAAGACGUCGGUGGACUCGGCCGUAGCCAUCAAUGACCUGUCGGUGGUGGUGGACCUCCUUAACAUCGUCAACCAGAAAGCCUCCCUGUGGAAGCUGGACCUGUGCACCACGGUCCUGCCGCAGAUCGAGAAGCUCCUGCAGAGCAAGUAUGAGAGCUAUGUCCAGACGGGCUGCACCUCCCUGAAGCUGAUCCUACAGCGCUUUCUGCCCCUCAUCACUGACAUCCUGGCAGCCCCGCCCUCUGUGGGUGUUGACAUCAGCCGGGAAGAGAGGCUGCACAAGUGCCGGCUCUGCUACAAGCAGCUCAAGAGCAUCAGCGGCCUCGUCAGGACCAAGUCGGGCCUGAGUGGCCGCCACGGCAGUGCCUUCCGGGAGCUGCACCUGCUCAUGGCCAGUUUGGACUGAGGAACCCAAUGGUGGGGGCACCAGGCAACCCUCGGGGCCUGGCCUCCACCCCCACUCCUGUUACCUGUGCACCCACUGGCCCAUGAGCUUUUGCCCUGUGGCCAUCCUGGAGGCGGCAGCGCUGGCCCACUGGCCACCUCCACAGCCCUGAACUCUCAGACAACUCCUGUCCAGCUAUGGCUGCCCAGCUUUGCCCAAUUCUUGCUUCUUGGGGCAGCCAACCAAGCCUUGGGGCUGCUGCUGUAAUUUAUAAGACAGAUUUUAUUAAAUUUGUAACUAUUC